CGAAGUCUAAACACCAGUUAGAUCUCGCGAUGGCGAAUGUUCGCUUGUGUUAGUUCGUAUAUCAUCACAUUAAAAUGUAAACAAAUAAUUAUAGUUUAUGAGAGAAACAUCUCUGUUCAAAGACAAAAUGUCGAAUACCAGUGCUAAUUGUGUGCGUGUGUUAAGUUUGUUUGUGUUUAUGUUAAAUCAAGUUGAAUGCAAUACAUUUGUAAAUGAAUUAUUACUUAGUGAACACCAUCAUGUACAUUGUUCACACGAACACCCUAAAGAAGAUCAAGUAGUCCGCGGUGUACAUAUAGAGCCAGCGCAUCUAGUUAAAAGAAGAAGUAUAGACCAGCCGCUUAGGAUUAGUAUAUUUUAUGACCACUCUGUAUAUAGGUUAGAACCGGAGAAAUUCGAUAUGAUUAAUAAUACAAUAUUACCAGAAGCUGUGAAGUUUUGGGAGCAAGCGUUGAAAGUACGAAAGACUGGAGGACCAAUUAAACUUAACAGAAAAUGUCCCACACGUCAAGUGUUCAUACGAGGUGGCAGAUCGCAUUGCAUCGACUCCUGCAACGCCGAGACGAUGUGCGGGGAAGUCAGGGUGCCGGAGUAUCAUUUAAAUCCUUGUUACGUUUGUAACAGUACUGGACACAACUGUAGAGCGCUGCCGAUUAAAAUUGAAGACGAUUUAGAAGUAACUACUGAAAUUAACGGCGAUAAUUCAACGGAUCCAACAGUACCAGUAGAAGAAAUAGAAGCAACCGGUGUAGAAGAUACUGACUUCGUGUUAUACGUGAGUGCGGUAGAGACGGAAAGAUGUAGGCGUGGCUUGACUGUUGCGUACGCGUCGCAUUGCCAACAGGAAUCUGCUUUAGACAGGCCUGUAGCGGGACAUGCUAAUUUCUGUCCAGGGGAAUUAUCUACUAAUUAUAGAGAUUUACCAUCCGUUUUGUCAACAGUGAAACAUGAAAUGCUCCACGCUUUAGGUUUUAGUGUGUCUUUGUUUGGAUUUUAUAGGGACGAUAAUGGUGAGCCAUUAACAGAGAGAAGACCGGACACAGGGGAUCCGCCUUUAGAUGAAGAGCUACAAAUACAUAAAUGGUCGUCUCGUGUUGUGAAGAAUAUAACUCGAAGGAAUUGGAUGAUACGAGGCGGUUAUAUGUCGAGAACUUUCCAUAUGAUUGUCACACCGAGAGUUGUUAAAGAGGUACGAGAACAUUUCAAUUGUUCAGAUUUGGAAGGUGCAGAAUUAGAAGACCAAGGAGGAGAUGGCACCGCACUCACACAUUGGGAGAAAAGAGUCUUCGAAAACGAAGCGAUGACGGGCACACACACACAGAACUCCGUAUUCAGUCGUAUAACAUUCGCGUUAAUGGAGGAUACAGGGUGGUACCGCGCGGAGUAUUCCCACGCGAGCCCCCUGCAUUGGGGGCGGGGGCUCGGCUGCAGGUUCGCGAUGGCGUCCUGCAAACAAUGGCUCAACACGCAAAGGUUGAGACGUAAGAAUCCAGCGCCGUUCUGUGAACGAGUAAAAGGUGAUCCAUUGAGAACAGAAUGCUCUCCGAAGAGGACAGCUGUGGUUUUAUGCAAUUUAGUACGACACGAGAAUAUACUACCUAGAGCUUACCAGCACUUUGACCUCCUUCCUAACGUGCCGGCGGGUGAAGAGGCACACUAUGGGGGCUCGGUGUCUCUUGCGGACUACUGCCCUUACCUGCAGGAGUUCACUUGGCGACACAAAAGUGUGCUCAUCCGAGGCAGCCGGUGCUCGUAUGAAGAGAAUACGCCAAAGACUGAUGUUAAUUUCGCAUUAGAAAACUACGGGCCACAUUCUAAAUGCUUCGACCACAGCGACAGAGUAUGGGAACAGAAGUCUUGUAGACAGAUCAGAGAGUGGCAGCACUGGGGCUCCGGAUGCUAUAAAUAUAAAUGUCAAAGUGGAAGAUUGCAUAUUGUGGUGGGAAACUACUCAUACACAUGUUACCACGCUGGGCAAGUUCUUCAAGUAAGGAUUAUGCAGCGCGGCUGGCUGCACCGCGGGGGCGUGGUCUGCCCACCCUGUAAAGACCUCUGCGCUGAAGAGUUCCAAUCUCGCGGCGAAUACUGCAAAGGAGGUGAAGAGGCACCUCCUCCUAAUUUAUAUCCGAACGAUCUGUUAGUUUGUAAAUCUCCCGCGCUUCUGCCCGCCGCCAUCUUGUUACUGUCCGCCAUCUUGUGUAUUCAUAUAUCAGACAUUUUAGUGAUAUAAACGUUACCAUUGUGAAUUGAAAGAGAUUUAUGUGACCCAGUGAGUAGGGGGCCGUCCAUAAAUUACGCCAUCGAUUUUAUCAGACUUUAGACCUCCCCCCCUACAAUCAUCCUAUCGUCAUUUCUUAAUGACCCCCCCUUCUCCCAAAAUUGACGUCAUUGUGAACAAUAAACUAUAAAUAAAUAAGAAUGACGUCAAUUUCGAAACACCCCCCCCUCCUAUCUAUCAUUUACCUUCAUCCGCAGACCAACCCACCCCCUAAUUUAGAAUGACGUAAUAUAUGGACGGCCCCUAGGGAAGUGAUUUCAAUUCCCACCGGGUCAAAAACUUGUCGUUCUGUAAUUCGACUGAAAUUGUUAAAAUACCUAAUAAUUCGAGAAAAAUCAUAAA